AUGGCGACCGCAUCAUCUAGACCCCGGACUCCGAGUAACACUCAACCUCCCCCCGAAGGUCUUCCUGCCAUCACGGAGAACAGCAGCAACCAAUCCAAAGACCAACGCAGAACUUCGUCCCUCGGCUUUCUCCGUCGCGCUAAGUCUACUGAACCGUUAUCCGGCAAGAGCAAGAAGAUGUCCAAAGCCCAGGCAUUGGAGGAGGAGCGUCGUCGGCGCGAAGCGAUGCCAAAGCACGCACCUCGUCUUCCCGAUCUCUCGCCCACCCCGAUCCUGGAAACCUUUGGCGGGGAUGAGCGUCAUGAUACCGUUGGUACUCUCGUCAGCGAACCUAAUCCAUCCCAGCAUUUGGCGCCUCGCAGCUCCGUGAGUACACCGGUGAACAACGACUACGACCCGUACGCCCGCACGGAGAGUAUGACCCAUCGCGGCCGCUACAGCUAUGCCAGCAGUGCAGUGAGCACGGUGAACAACCCUCGCAGACUUCGUCGCCGCAAGGACCCUACCCCCUACAACAUCCUUGUUGUUGGAGCACGUAAUUCGGGCAAGACGUCGUUCUUGAACUUUCUUCGGAAAUCGCUGGAGAUGCCAGCUCACAAGCACCCUACGCGCGCCCCUGGCGAGGAGGAAUACUACGAUCGCCAUGCCCCGGCGAACGAGGGUUUCGUCUACCACUACCUGGAGACCGAAAUCGAUGGAGAGCGUGUGGGGCUGACGCUGUGGGACUCGGAAGGGUUCGAGCGGGACCUCGUGGACAUCCAGCUGAGCGGGGUGACUGCGUUCCUGGAAAACAAGUUUGAAGAAACGCUGAAGGAAGAAAUGAAGGUGAUCCGUUCGCCUGGCGCUCGCGACACCCACAUCCACUGUACUUUCCUGAUCCUCGACCCGGUGCGGUUGGACGCGAACAUCGCGGCUGCUGAGCGGGCUUCCCGGGGCACGCCCAAAGCAUCCGACAAGCCGGUCACAGGAAUUCUGGACCAGAGCCUCGAUCUUCAAAUCUUGCGCAAGAUGCUGGGCAAGACCACCAUCGUCCCAGUGAUCAGCAAAGCCGAUACGAUUACCGAGGCCCACAUGACCUACCUGCGAAAGGCCGUCUGGGCUAGCCUGAAGGAAGCCAACAUUGACCCUCUCGAGGUGCUCUCUUUGGAUGAACAGGAGGAGUACACGUCUUCCGAGAGUGCCGACGAAGAAGAGGACGAGGAAACGGAGGAUCAGGAAGGACACGCUAAAGGGGAGACGACCGACAAUGCGGACGACAAGGAAAGCAAGCCCGCCCCUACCCCCGGGUCGCCAUCCAGCCGAAGCGCAAGCAGCCGCAAGUCAUCCGCAUCCCAGGCUGCGGCGCAGCGUCUGCCAUUCUCGACUCUUUCGCCUGAUUCGUAUUCCUUGAAUGCCGGAGACGGGCCAGUUGGCCGCAAAUUCCCCUGGGGCUUCGCGGACCCAUACAAUCCCGAGCACUGCGAUUUCCUGAGGCUGCGAGAUUCGGUGUUUAGCGACUGGCGAUCGGAGCUCCGCGAAGCCAGCCGUGUCAUCUGGUACGAGAGAUGGCGGACCAGCCGUCUGAACCCCCAUCUGCCAGCUCCGGCUCCGCAAAAAAGGCAGUACAGCGGACGGAUGGGACCUUCUAACUACGCAUACUAG